AUGUAUUUCCGUGAUAUUGUCACCACAGCAUUGUUCGCGGCUCUCGCCAACGGAUACGCAAACCCUGGCAGCUGCUCGGGGGCCUGCAACAUACACGACCCAGCGGUCAUUCAACGCGCUUCCGACAAGCGGUACUUCCGAUUUUCCACCGGCAACAAGAUUUCAUAUGCAAGUGCUUCUUCUAUCCAGGGCCCUUGGACCACGAUCGGAUCCAUGUUGCCUGAUGGGUCCUCAAUCGAUCUUGCCGGAAAUACCGACCUUUGGGCUCCCGAUGCGCAACUUGUGAAUGGCCUUUAUCACGUCUACUAUUCGGUCUCAACGUUCGGCUCACAGAACUCAGCCAUUGGACUGGCCACAUCUCCCACUAUGGAAUCUGGUUCUUGGACCGAUCGGGGAAGCACCGAUAUCGCUUCCUCGUCUUCGAAGGCCUAUAACGCCAUUGAUGCCAAUCUGUUCAAUGAUGGCGGCACCUUCUACAUGAACUUCGGUUCCUUUUGGCACGAUCUAUACCAGGCUCCCAUGAACUCAGCUGCGAUGAAAGUGGCUUCCGCCUCUUAUAAUGUCGCAUAUGAUCCUUCUGGGACCCAUGCCGUUGAGGGAGCGUACAUGUACAAGUAUGGAAGCUACUACUAUCUCUUUUACUCUGCCGGCACCUGUUGCGGCUACGAUACGUCACGCCCUGCCAGUGGAGCGGAAUACAAGAUCAAAGUUUGCCGAUCGAGCUCGGCGACAGGAGGAUUUGUUGACAAAGCUGGCACGGCAUGCACGAAUGGAGGCGGCACCGUCGUUCUUGAAAGUCACGGCACUGUCUAUGGUCCUGGUGGACAGGGUGUCUUUACCGAUUCUAGUCUGGGUCCCGUGCUCUACUAUCAUUACGUCGAUACUACCAUUGGCUAUGCAGACGGCCAAAAGCUGUUUGGGUGGAACACGAUUGAUUUCUCCAGCGGAUGGCCUGUGGUGUAA